AUGACCUCGGAAGCUUCGAUUCAAAUCAGCUUCAUCUCUAUUAUGAUCAUACGAGUUAUCAUGACUUACCAACAACACCACGUUUGGCACGUUUGGCCUGCCUGGGGUCAUGUCACUAGUACUGUUUCUCUCAUCAACGAGAUGCUUGAAGUGAAUCCGUCGUUAGUUGUUACCUUUGUUUCUCACGCUUUCCUAGACCUCAGCCAGUAUGCAGAUGCGCCACGAGAGCGAUUUCAUGUUGUUCUAGUCGGGGAACCGAAUCUGCUUAAUAAUAAGGGUGUGACGGUCGAAGACAUCACAAAUCAGUUGUCCAAGGGAUGGUUAGACACGCUUCAGCAGAUCAGCAAACCGGGGCGCGAGUGGCCAAGGCCAACAGCGCUGAUGCUGGAUCACAUCGGGUCGUUAGACACUCUGCCGCAGGCGCGACGAAUCUCGGGUACAGACUGUAAGAUCCUGUUAUAUUGGGCAGGUAGUGCUGCCCGUCUUUUCUCUUACCUUGCACCCUCAUCCGAAGGCGGAUUCAGCGACUGGGAAACAAUUGCCAACAAGUAUUUUUCCGACAAAGCCCUGCGUAAGGGAAGGAGCCUUGAUGAAAUAGUUGAGCAAGUCUGCGUUGCCAAAAACGGACACGAUGCUUUCAAUGGAACCGUGAUAAGUAUACCUGGUUGUAAGGAGAUUUACGACUAUGAACGAGAAUUCGGAGAGUUUGGCAUGAUUAGAACAGGUGAGCUGCUCAUUCUUUGGGUUGAAGUCGUCUCUUCGUUGCUUAGAGAGACAGUCACGCUUGUCCAAGCCACUGAUGGGAUCAUCUGUGCUUCAUCGAUGGCACUAGAAGGAGAAACUCUCACUGCUUGCAACAAGUAUACUACUGUAUAUCCUGUUGGAGUUCAGAUAGGGCCCAAGAACUGGUCCCGGGACGGACUGAUUGAGGAUGAGAGAAUACGUUCUUAUCUUGACCGCCAUGGCAAGGAUGAGGUCCUCGUCAUCUCAUUUGGAUCUAUGGUCUUUCCAACCAACCGCGCAAAUUUUCAGGCUCUGAUAUCCACCUUGAACGAGAUGAAAUAUCCAUUCAUCUUGAUCAUAGGGGGAAUGCAUGCGAAGAAAUUCAUCGAUGCUUCAGAUAUAAGAAAUAUUCAGAGUAAUGGAGUGGGUCUUGUGUGCGAUACAUGGGUCGAUCAACAAGCAGUCCUCCAGCAUCCGUCGGUGGGGGUUUUACUUGCUCACGGUGGAUGGAAUUCGAUGAUGGAAAGCUUUGUGCAGGGCAUACCACUCGUGGGCUGGCCGCUAGCUCCUGGAGAUAAUGCUAUCAACGUGGCAUUGGCGGCAACGAGGGAUAGACCUAUUGCAUUUGAAAUCAUGCAGAUCAGGACAGGCAGCGCCAAAGCCAAAGCAAGACGAGGAGGCCCUGAUAUCAUUGGUAGCAAAGAGAUUGUAAGACAAGAGUUUGAGGAAAUCUUGCGCAAGACAAAAGAAGCCGAAGGGAAACGAAUCCGUGAAAAUACUCAGAAUCUUGCUGCUGAGCUGAGAACGGAAAAGAGGGAAGCUGCUCGGCAAGUGAUUACCACCUUGGCAUUUAUUUGA